UAUUUUUUUUAAUUCUGCUUAGAAACGCUGCUUUACCGCACCACGACAACAACACCUUUUCCCCCCUACGCCACUGGAAAAGACAAUGCAUCCUCCUCUCCCCAUGCGCUGCGUGCGCACGUCGUCUCUUGCCAAUGUAUUCGUGCGACUACUCAACGCAUCGUCGCCGUCGGCAGCGGCCGCGUGCAGCAGCAGUAACAAUUCGAUCCUCGAGCUCCUGCUGCCGCCGCGGACCCGAGCCUUCCACCUCGCCGCUGCCUCCGCCUCCGCCUCCCGGGACGUUCGACAACCGUACCCCGGCGCUCUCCGGAACCGCAGCGCCCGAGCGACCCGACCUCGAAGUAGCGCCCACAAUGCCAUCGUCUCGCGGCGACCGUUCAGCACCACGGCGCCCUGGCGCAAGACCCAGGUCGCGUAUAACCCGCAGAAGGACGAGGACGGGAACGACAUGGUGCUGGAGAUUACGCCGCGCGCCGCUCAUAGACUUUCCAAAAUCAUGGAAAACGACAAGAACCCCAACCUCGCGCUGCGCAUCUCGGUCGAGUCCGGCGGGUGCCACGGGUUCCAGUACCUAAUGUCGCUGACAACCCUACCGCCGACCCUCUCCCCCACCCCCACCGGCGCAUCCACCGCUACGUCAGCGGGCACCUCGCACCUACCCCCGGAAACAUCCAGCGCCCCGCCGACCCCAGCCAGCGCCAGCGCAGGCUCCUCCUCCGGACAAACCGCCGCCGCCGCCGAAGUCGCACCGUCAACAACGACCAGCGCCUCUACCUCUUCCCCCAGCAUCGGCGAAGACGACACCAUCUUCGAGUUCGUGAAGGAGGACGAGGACGGCGCAGAACCCGGCACCGGCGCCGGUAGCACCCCCUCACCCCCAUCGUCGACGCCGAAGCCAAAGGUGAUCCUCGACUCGCCCAGCCUGUCGCUGCUCAAGGGCAGCAAGGUCGACUACACGAUGGAGCUGAUCGGCAGCCAGUUCAAGAUCGUCGACAACCCCGCCGCCAGCAGCAGCUGCGGCUGCGGCACCAGCUUCGACAUCAAGUUCUAAAACCCCCCACCUUCUCGUUCCCCCGCCCCCCCUAUACUUCCGCCUCCUCCUACGCUCUACGCACUACGCUUUGUACCCUUACCUAAUUAAUAGAGAUCAUGUACAUACAUACAUACCUACAUACAUGUUUUUUAAUGGCUUGCUUAAACGCUCCAUAUAGAACAUUGCUUGUUGGGAGGCACUUAUGAAAGGCCUUUGGCUAGAUAUGCUUGAAUAUCGCUGUACGUUAAGCUUGCUACGGCUUUGUGUCUUGAAGAUAUUAUAAUCGCUUGGAGUCAGGGAGUUGGAGCGGCUCUUUUUAGAGCUAUAUGCUAUAGAAAGAAUUCUCCACCCAGCUUGAUUUUCCACUAGGAAAUACGUGACCAUCCCAGUCUUGUGUCGGUUUGCAGUAUGACUUCACGUAUUCAAACAUAGGGUUUUAGCAAGCACUAGAAGUGACGAUCAGUACUAGACU